AUGUCUCUUAUUGAUCUUCCUACCGAGUCUCUCUGUACUAUUUGUUCAUUUCUUAUCGGAGAGCUCUUUGAUAAUGAUCGUGAUCGGGAGCAAGCAAAAUUCAAACGAACUUCUCAUCGGAAGAGUCAUCAAUUAUUUAAACGUAGUGAUGAUCAGCAUGAUGAUUAUUUAGGGGAAUUUGGAAACACCCGAUUUUCAUUGAAUGAAAUGCUAAGCCUCUUUUCGUUGAAAUAUUCCUGUAAAAAGAUGUAUCAGUUUGUGCAUGAGAAUGAAUCGUUAUGGUUUUCAGUGGUGUUUGAAUUUCCCGGAAUUUUGAAUUAUCAGAGUUGCGUGGAGAGAUCCCGAUUCAUGGCAAUGAGUAUGAUGGUUCCAGAGGAAGAAUCCUCCUUCUCGGAACACUUUACCAAUGCUCUAACUGAAAAAUUUAUUCCCGAUAUGGAAGAUGACAUUUUCAAUGCAUUGAACAUGAUAGAUGUUUUAUGUGAUCGUAAAAAAGUGGUGAAGAGAUUAUGUUUGAAUUAUUCAGCAGAGGUUUUCAAUUUUCCAAAUGUAUUGGAAAAGAGAUUUCAAUAUUUGAAUGAUCCAUCGACGGGUGAUAGUGAUCACACAGUACAACUAUUUGAUUGUAAAGUGUUAUUAGAGUAUUUCGUUGAGGCCUUUCCAAAUGUUCAAGAAUUGAUACUAUUAGAACGAGCAGGUAAGCUUGGAGCAAGACCAAAUAUCACGAGCUCGUUAGACAUGUCGGUGAAACGAUGGAUGAAUAUGAAACAUGUUGCGGUUGAUAUUGUUUUUGAAAAUUGUGUUCAAUUACUAGUUGCACACAUGUCGUCAUUGGAACGAAUUACAUUGAUGAACAAUCAAAAUAAUUUUGGAGUUUUUGUUGACAUUUGUCGACAAUUAAUUGAAAAAGGAGUGUUCACAUCUGAAAAAUUGAUUUCAGUGGAGUUAGCAGGUUCCAUAGAUUCUAAACACUUUCACACCCUUCAUGCACUAUUCAAAAAUUUCUAUGGCGACCAUGAUACCAAGUACAUUUCAAAAUUUAGAUCUCUCAAUGUUUUGCAGCUAAGCCCUUCCCAUGAAAUCACAAACACAGAUUUUACGGGCUUAAUCUCUAAUUUGGUAGAAUUGACAUUGGUUCAAUACCAAAGUGCUGAAACACUUGAUUUGAGCGUCUUCUCAUUUACAUCUUUGAAAAUUCUGAAUUUAAAAGGAUGUAUGCAAGAUUUGAUAUUGAAGGGUAUGCGAGCUCCUGUUCUUCACUGUAUGCAUCUUCGAAUGUUUAACAUUCCUGAACGUGAAACAUUCGAUUCAUUGGCCCAUUUAACUCUCGACAAUUGUAAAGGAAGUGAUGCAGAAGGUUGGUUUGCACAGCACGAGCGUUUACGUACAUUUAAAAUCAUCACCUCAAACAUGGUCCAUGAACAAAGUGCAGAAUUUUCGUUUAGAGAUCAUUCACACAUAGAGUCCAUUCAUGUUCAAGGAGCUGAGAAGACGGAAAUCAUGACUUGUCACUCUCUUCGAAGCGUCCAUCUCCAAAAUUGCAACAACCUGAAACUACUUCUUCCUCACGUCCGUUUAUCAAGUUUGGUGCUUCAUGACGAUGAUGAGAUCAUGUCCAAUCGUUGCGUAUUGGAAAUAGAUUUGGAACACUGUGCCACAUUGAACAUGUGCUCCAACAACAAGAGAACAUUUAUGUUUCAUCAAAGAACUACUGUGGAUCAUCUCAUUGUGAAGAGUAUGCAUCAUCUCGAUCAUAAUCAAUUUGACGAUCUACUCACCAAACAUACUUUGGCUAGAUUCAUUCAACUAUCGAGUCGUGAUCCCUUAACCUCAACCGAUCGAUUCCUACUGACCUUAGUUCCAGAUGUGAAAUCUAUAUGUGUGGAAAGAAAACAAGAAACGGGCAGCGGGUAUGAAAUAGCCAUAGCCGAAACCACCCCACAAUAUAUUCAAAAACUGACAUCUUUGACCAGUCUUGAGCAUGAGUCGAUUCGAAAUGUAGCAUUCCAUCGAGUAUCAGGCAGCAUCAAUUGUGAAAAUAUUAAUUUAUUGAUCUUGAAGAGCUGUACACAAUGUGUAAUCUCCCAGAAGACUUUUCAAAAUUUGAGAUACUUAACCAUUUCACAUGGAGGAGUUUCCUCACUCUCGCUUUCCUUACAGGAUAUGCCACUUCUUUGUGAGAUUAAUAUUUCUCAAUCGCAUAUUAAUUUUAAAUCCCUGACACGUCUCACGCACAUGCAUAUUCGAUCGAUGGUAUUCCAAUCAUUCAGUCUAGAAUCUCAAAUUCAUCUUAAAUAUUUGACAGCUCCCAACUUACUGCGAUUGAUCAUUCAUCGUGAUGAACUUUUACUCACUAUUAAUAAUGGCCAAGUAUUAUUUGGAAACGACAACAGCAACAUUAUUUUACAUGAAUUGAAUUGUCCAUGCUUGCUUGUGAAAUGCAUUCCACAACGCGUUGAGACGGAAAAUAGUUUCAUUCAAUUACCAUUUGAACAGAGACGCAAAAUUCAAAGAAUCACAAAACUAGAUAGAUCAUACAAAUUUGGUGUCUACAAGAUUGAGAUGUAUAUUGACAUUUUGUAUGAAACCAAGUUCAAAAAAUGUCAGAAAACAACACUUCAGAGAAUCAUCACAGGUCAACAUCGAGACCUUCGUGGUGUAGUACUUAUGGAGUGGGAGUUGUGA